GUGGUGCAACUGUCAUUCUCAGCUGCAAAUUGCAAAAAGGGAGAGUGUCUGAAAUACAAUAGCAAAAUAUAACAAAAAAUUGUUAAAAAUGGCUAGUGUUGAAGAAUUGCAGAAGAAAGUAAGCGAAUUGGAAGCCAAGUUAGCGAUCGCUCAAGGAAAUGCCGGUCCUGUGCGUCAGAAAAUCGAUGUUAUGUCUUCUGAAGUUGUGGACUCAAACCCUUACAGUCGUCUCAUGGCACUAAAGAGGAUGGGUAUAGUGGACAACUAUGAGAAGAUUCGAGAGCUUUCUGUUGCUGUUGUUGGUGUGGGCGGAGUGGGCAGUGUCACUGCAGAGAUGCUGACCAGAUGUGGUAUAGGAAAGCUGAUCCUCUACGACUAUGACAAAGUAGAGCUCGCGAACAUGAACCGGCUCUUCUUUCAACCGCACCAAGCAGGACUCAGUAAGGUAGCCGCGGCGGCUGCUACGUUGCAAGCUAUCAACCCUGACGUGGCUAUAGAAGCGCACAACUAUAAUAUCACCACGGUGGAUAACUUUCAGAAGUUCUGCGAUUCUAUCAGUAAAGGCAGCCUAACCAAUGGCCCCGUAGACCUGGUACUAAGUUGUGUGGACAACUUCGAAGCCCGCAUGGCGAUCAACACAGCCUGCAAUGAACUGAACCAGCGCUGGUUCGAGUCUGGUGUGAGCGAGAAUGCUGUUUCUGGGCACAUACAGUUUAUUAUACCGGGGGAGACUGCUUGCUUUGCGUGUGCCCCACCACUCGUGGUAGCGUCUAAGAUCGACGAGAAGACGCUAAAAAGGGAGGGAGUGUGUGCCGCCAGCUUACCCACCACUAUGGGGAUUGUAGCUGGAUUUCUGGUACAAAACACGUUGAAAUAUCUCCUGGAGUUCGGUAAUGUCAGUCACUAUUUGGGAUACAGCGCACUCACAGACUUCUUCCCAGCCAUGAGUUUGAAGCCAAACCCACAAUGCGAGGAUUCUUACUGCCGUCGUCGUCAAGCGGAGUACAAAGCGAAGCCGGCCGUCGAACUCGCGACCGAAGUGAAGGAAGACCCCAAACCACUGCACGAUGAUAAUGAGUGGGGAAUCAGUUUAGUUGAUGAAAACUCGCCGAUAGAAGAAACUCCCGCUUUGAAUCUCGUUGAUGGAGUUCAGGUUGCCUACAGCAUUCCAGUAGAUAAUAGUACUCCAGAAUCGAGUACAGGUGGCGCUGUUGCCGCGUCUGAACUAUCUCUCGAAGAAUUGAUGCAACAGAUGAAAUCUAUGUAAUUUUGUGUAUAUUUUGUGUAAUUAUGUUAAAUUCGAGCCAUUUUUUAUUUAUAACUGUUGAAAUUGAAAAUUGGUUGUUUACUUUAGUUUAGUUGUUUCUGGUUCAUAAUUGUUUAUGGUUAUAAAAAAUACGUAAUUUAUGUUUUUACAUUUUGUUUUUAUGAUUUUUUUUAUCAAUAUGUAGGAAUAAACUUAUUAUUUAUAUAUUAUAUUGAAAAUUUAAGGAUUUUUUUUAAAUAUAUCGUUAUAUAACUAAUGCAGAAAUAAUAAAUCCAAAUAUGAUUACGGAUUUGGCAGAUUUUAUGUAAUUUUUAUAUAGGCCAAAUAUUAUUGAAUGCAAACAAAGCUACGGGCAAAAGUAAGUAUGUAAAUACUAUGGAUAUAAACCAUACAUACGUUCUUCAUAAUCUAUUUUUACCAUUUCAUUGUUUUUGAUAUGUAAUUUGUUUUUUAAUUUUUCACUUGUCAAUGUGUAUUCUGCAUUUAAGUUGAAUAAAGUAGCUAAGUAAUAACUUAACCAGCUUAUAAUGUUAAAGAAACAUAUCUAUUACUAAAAACGUCAA